AUAAUAAGGUUAACAAAAUGUCAAUAUUGUCUCUUUGAAUCAGAGACGAGACAAUUAUAUAAUUAUUUUACUUUUGGUUUUCCAAAGUUUCCAUAUAUUUCGGAAAAAUGGUGAAAGCUUCUUCAACAGGAGGCGUAAAGCCAAUGACCAUUCAAGGUCGCCUUGUCAGGGAACGUGAAAGAUUAGUUGGAAUGACUGAUGAAGAGAGAGCAUUUCGAGCCAAAUUCCUUAAAGCCCAAAUCUUAUCACCUAAUGAACCUCGGGUAGUGCCCGAGUUAUACGCAGAAUACAAUAACCCUAUAAGGAGAUUCUACAAAUAUCCAUUAAAUCAAGUGCAAAAAUACCUAGAACCCAAAGUAGGUCCUAGUGUAGCAUUACAUCUUCGGUAUUUCGCUGGCAAAGCACUUUUGGGACUAGGCAUAAUAUAUUAUACAGCCUACUAUUUCAAAUAUAACGGCCACGAUUGGACAAAAAAAGGAGGAUGGAAAGUAACAACUUCAAGGGAAGCUGUUUUACCUGGGGAUCCAAGAUAUCCUAUGGUGUCUGAUAAAACGAAACCUUCAGAUUAUGCCACUAAAGGAUUCGAAAAAGUAACAUUGAAUCUAUGAAUGAAAUAAUGUUAUCGAUGUAAACAUUGUAACGAAUUAUAAAUAGUAGUAUAAUUUAGAA